GGCAAGGAAGGGACAGAGACCAAAACAAUUACGAAGAUAGCCUUAAAGAGAAACGUGGAAAAUUUAUGAAAAACUGUGAAAAUUGUGUGGUGGCGCAUAGAAAAUGGUGCUGCGGUCGGGAAUUAUAAUUCCAUUUCAAUUUCGCGAUACUAAGAAGCUGCUCAUGAUUGGUGUGCCCGAGGAAAAUCGAAAUCUGAACAUAUGGGACUUGAAGAAUGUUGUGCGCGCCGCAUUUGGCAUCUACAAUUUCGAGUUUCGCAACAAAAAGAUCGGCUUCAACAUACCCGAUGAGCUGCUGCUGCAUUAUUUGGCCCAACGUCACGACCUCACAAAUUUCGUUAUAGAAAUCAGCCAAGUGUACGAUGCCGCCUUGGAAAACUAUGUGCUGCAUCCGCAGUGCCGCUGUGGUGCCCAGAAGCUGCUCAACGAUUCGCCCACACCGGAGGAGCCCACGAAUUUGUGCCAGAGCAGCACUGUCGUGGAUGCAGCGCCCUCGGCCUCAACGCUGGCACUGCCCAGUUGCGAUGAUGAUGAGCAGGAGAGCAUGAAAUACCGCAUAGAUAAGGCUAGCAGCGGCGCCGCGUCUGCGGAGCUCGGCAUGCCCGCCUAUGAUCCGUGCACGCCCAAAAUGGACUAUGAUACGCAGGACGAGCUGCCGGAUUCGCCGCACUCGCAGCACCAACAGCAGCAGCUGCAGCAGCAGGUGCCAACGGCGCCCUUGCCCUUGCCGCCGCCACCUACACAUAUUCCGCAUCAUCAUCAGCACGAGGAGGAGCAGCAGCAGCUGCUGCAGGAGCGUAUACAGCACGAGUUUAUGCUGCAGCAGCAACAUCAGCAUCAGCAUUUGCAGCAACAACAGCAUCUGGCGCUGCUGCAGCAACAGGAGCAGCAGCAGCAACAACAGCAGCAACAACAACAACAGCAGCAACAACAGCAGCAAGGCGUCAGCAUGGCCAUAGCCACAACGGGCACAAACAACAUUCGACAACGCAAGGAGCGCAUGUCGAAACGGCAAAAGGAGCUGUACGUGCACUUUCUGCAGCAGCAUCAGUUCAUUAACGACCAUAGACGAAAUGAUCCGGUGCUGGAUCCGUACUGGCUGAAGCUGGCCAAUCUGCUGAAUGCUGUGCCGCAGGGCGCCGUCAAGCAUGUGACCGAAUGGAAGCAGACGUUUGACAAUUGGCGGUAUCGCAUCUUUUUGUAUGCGCGCUACAACUCGAAGCUGCAGGAUGAGGAGGCGCAGAAUCCGCGCAACUUUAAGCCGCUGACACGCACCGAUAAACAGGCGUACAUUAUGUGGAUACGCAAUCCGGACACUGCGCCGCCGGAUCUGGAUAAAAUGCGCAACGUGUUCUGCAAUCUGGAGGAGAAUACAACGCAUCAGGACUAAAAGCCAGCCGGUCUUAACCGGGCCGGCUGAAACUGAAUGCGCUCUCGCUAAUUGCCAUUGUUCUAGUUCAUAAGAGAUGGUUUUCUAUACGACAUACAUUUUAUUGUUUUCAUGUUAACGCUGUGUAUUUUAUAGCUGGAAAUGCAUUUUUCCCUUUUUUU